GGAAAUCGGAACGCACGUCUGCGACGACACGGACGAAAUCGUUUGUACGCAAUGAUCGUUUCCCAGUAGUCUCGCGAUCCCAGUACCAUUUAGAAAGCGUCGAUUCAACGUCGUAAACGAAGAUGGACGGACGCGUUCAACGCACGAUGCUGUCCAAGUUGUCGGUUAAACCGCGAAACACGCCCACCGCGAAAACAGUGUGUCCGUCAAAAAAGAUUUCAAACGGAAAGGAAAAUACGUUUCACGGUACCAAUUCCACGGCUAAAGACUUAAACAAAACUAAAAUCUUAGAGGUGAAAACAAAGAACGGAUGUCAAGCGGCACGUGGAUGUCCCUCGUCAAGGAGAGCGUUCGCGACAAAGAAAACUCCGUUUCACAUCCAUCGCGACCCGGAUAUCGUGUCCAAGAAGAACGAACGGACGCAUGAAAAAAUUCCCGCGCCGAGUCACAUCUCUCGAGUACGUUCGGUGGAUGACGAAGCAUGGACCUCGAAAAAGCCUUUGCCGUCGAAGAUACCUCGACGCGUCGCGUCGUGUUCUCGGUCGUCGAAAGAGACAAAAUGCAUCGAUUCGAUCAAGGUCGCGACCAAGCAAAAUGGAAAAUUCGUAUCGUUCGAAAGUCAGAUGCGGAGUCUAAGUACAAAAGCUCAGGGAAUUAGAAAUGGGAUCAAUAGAAACGAAUUCAAAACUAGGAUGAACAGAUGUUUGCCCUCGAAUACGCGAUUCGACAACAUGAUGACCCCCACCGAUGGAGCUACUCUGCCAACGUCGUUGAUUCCUCUCAAGGCGAUGGUCCGCCGUGUGAACCUUGUGGCUUCCCCGAGCAGUGUACCCGUGGAAACAGAACAGCUGAUGUCCGAAGCGAUGAAAUCUUUACCCCCCGAGCUGUACUACAACAUGGAGUAUCACAACGAAACGCCGAUCGUAGAACUGGAAAGAGAAGAACGAUCCCCGAAACUGUCGGUGAACUUCUUGAAACGGCACGUCAACCCCGAGCAGAGAAGACUGGUGGUGGCAUUUCUGAUAAAUCUAGGGACGCACUGCCGAUACCCGUCCUACAUUAUCUAUCAGGCGGUGAAGAUAUUCGACGCUGCGAUAGACCGAAUGUCUGUGAAGACAUCGUUCAUUCAAUUGACGGCCCUGGCCAGCUUGUGGAUCGCCCUCAAACAGCACGAGAUCUUUCACAGGUUACCCUCCGCUUCGAAGGUCUUGGCCCUCGCCAAAGAUUUGUACAUCCAUAGAGAAGACUUGCUGAAGUCUUACGAGCGAAUGAUCUUGCUGACUCUGAACUUUGGCAUAGUGUUCGCCGACGCGUACUCGCUUUUGACCUUUUGCUUGAUCAAUUUCAGACGGUACUUUGACGUUUCCGAAGGGAUGACCAAGCAACUCUAUUACUGCGGUGGAUACGCGAUCGAUGUUACACUGUUGGACGAAGAGUUUUGUCGAACGUCGGCUGGAAUAGUCGCCAUCGCGGCAUCCGAACUGGUUCUCGGUUUGCUUCUCGACGACGUCGCCAAAAACCCUCGUCCUCGAUGGCUGUUCUGGAGGGGUAUACUCUACGCUGGGUCUCCCCGUUUUAUUGGCAGGUUUCAAACUGACGAAAUUAGCCGAUGUCGUGUCGCGAUGGCGAAACGCAUCAUUGAUUCCGAUAACAAGCACUGCGUUUUCGAGGUCGUGAAAAAGAAGUAUAGCCGUAGCAAGUACUGUUCCGUAGCGCAGUUUUUUAUAGAACGCGCUAAUCGUAUUUCGCUUAUGGAAAUUUGUCACGAUUAAAUGUGUCUUUUAUUUAUUCGCGAUUUUAAUUGUAGAACAAUCCAUGCGAUAUUUGUUUAUUUAAAUAUUCGUUACUUUCGUUAUAUAUAUUUGUUUAUUUAUUUAUGUAUUUAAACGAAUGUCAAAGAUUUACGUUUAUGCAAAUGCUUAGUUGGACGUACAAAUCCAUUUCUUAAAAGCAAAUACAUUAAAUUUAUCAUAAAGA